AUGGAUGAUAAUGAACGUAAGAAAACAAUUGAUUCGUGGCAUAUACGUGCUGAUCCUUAUGAAAUAUUAAUUAAUAAUUAUGAAAUAUUUUCUAAUAUGGCUAUGGGUCUUAUUAAAUUUGUUGAAAAACAUCGAGAUAAAUAUGAUAAAGAUAUAAAUAUUAUUGAUUUAGCUGCUGGAACUGGUUUAGUAUCGAAAUUAUUAAUCGAAUAUCUUCAUAUAUCACCAUCAUCAUUAUAUCUUAUUGAACCAGCUGAAAGAAUGUUUUUACACGCAAAACAAAAUCUAAACAAUUCUCAUUUAUAUAAUGUCGCUGCUGAAGAUUGUCUUACAAUACCUGAUUUACCUCUUCAUUAUUUUGAUUUUAUUCUUUGUAAUGCUUCAAUGCAUUUAAUGUCUGAAAAUAAUAUUUAUCCUGUUAUAUCAAAAUUACUUAAACCUAAAAAAGGUUUUUUUCUUUAUACAAUAUGGUAUCAUUCAUUUGAUGAAACAGAACAUUAUAAAUGUGAUCAAAUUGAAACAUAUAUUAAUGAUGCCUUAACUUAUUUUAAUUAUCCAAAAUAUUUUAUAACAAUAAAUCGAAAAAAAUCAAUAACAACUCGAUCAAGAAAAUCUUUAGAAGAAACAGCAAAUAAAUCUGGACUUAAACUUGAAUCAUGUACAAUUGAUAUUCAUCGAUCGCCAUUAACUUUUGAUCUUGAUUUUAUGUUAAUGACACCAAAUUGGUUAAUUGAACAUUUAAAAACUAAUCAAUGGACACAAAAUGAUAAUAUUUAUUUAAUCAGAGAACGUAUUAUAGAAAAAAUUCGAGAGUUAAUUAAAGGAAAAUUUUCUGAAAUACCAGUUGUGCAAAUAAUUGUUUCAAAAAUUUAA